AUGGACAGACGACUUCAACACCUUGAGCAAGCUAUAGCCAGCUUUCACGCACCUGUUGUGGUCUCCGAGCCUGGCAUAUUUCCGGAAAGGCUACUGGAGCAAGUGGCCAUCACGGGAACCAGACUUUGGGGGCAGGCGCGUGAUACUCAGGCGCUGCUACUGAGGAUUCAGGAUACCCUCGAGCAAGACAUGAACAAAACUCGCAAAAUCAUCGGUAAAUUAAUAGACGCUGUCCGUGAGCUGGAUCCCAUGGUCGACUCGCUCCAUGGGACUGUCAAUGAUAUCUUCGACGUUCUGGACGAGGUCUUCAAGCAAGAGGAGGCGCUGUUUGAGACGCACACAGGGCAGUCUCUGGCUGCUUGGAGCGGACUGACAUCGGUCUUCACGCAGAAUCUUCAGAUGCUCAGCCAAAUGGACACCAGUCUGGGGCCUGGCGUUGACAACAGCCGGAACAUGCUGGCAGGUUUGGUCAAGCAAGUCACCGAAUUGGCUGCGCGACCAACCACUGUCACAGAGGACGAGACGCUGCCCCCGCCGCCGCCCGUGGAUGGCGAUACGUUACCUCAAGACAACGAACCGGCAUCGGGGUCGGCACACUGGGUUACCCUGGACGAUGGCACUCUCGUUCGAGAUGUCUUGAGGCUUCUGGUCGAAAGGGCUGUACAGUUGAUCGCCUUCCCCCUGUAUGCCUCCAUACGUGGCUGGAAGUCCCCCGCCCUUUGGACGGGGACCAUGGCCAUCGUGAUCGCAGUGAUGGCUUGGACCUACAGCCGAUGGACCCGCAACAGGGUGCGUGCCUUCCAAACCAUGAUGGCGUCGGUGAAUGAUGGGUUCACUGACCUCCUGAAUCCACUGCAGGCGGAAAUCGGUGCUCUGGUUUCUGCUCGCUUGGAAAAGUUGGAGGACAAGUUGCAGCAGCACAUCGACUUGUCGGUGUCAGCCCUCGAAGAACGCUUGUGGAAGCAGAUGCCGCAAGUGUUGGAGGCCCACGCUGAGUCGCAGAGAGACAAACUAUGCAAGCAAAUUCAGAAUUCGGUGCAACAGAUCCAUGACCUGGCCCAAGGAUCCCAGCAAUCCUGGAUGGUCAGCGAGUUACAGACUCGCUUGGACUCGACUGUUGGAGUCCUGAAUGGCCUGCAAGUCGAGGUCACGGCCCAAGGUGACAUCAACAGUCAGGAACACGCCCAGGUCAUCAAAGACUGCACGGCCGCAACGCUGGCAGUUUGUGGUGAGAUCCGAGACUUGGUGAAGGACGCCAAGGUCAAUGAUGGCGCAGCCAACCAGUCUGUGCUAACAGCGCUCAAGCAGACCCAGGCGCUUUUGCAGUCGCUCAAAGGCGAUGUCAUGGGGGCUCUUGCGCCCCUGGUACAUGUGGACAAAGUGGACAAGCUGGAGCAGAAUGUUGACCAAAUCUCCCACAUUGUGUGGAAUCACACCAAUGCCCACAAAAGCCAUGACAGCAAACUUUGCGACCUGGCUGAUGCAAGUGAGCGAGUUCAGCAGGUGCUGCUGAAGGUGCAGGGGCAGCUCGACAAGAUCAUUGGUCGGCUCACACCGCCAAUGCCUCAGAAAGCGCCGCCGCCACCCCUGCCCGGCUCCUUGGCGGGCCAGAGAGAAGGUGCCUCGUCGACACCAUCAGCACCGGCCACACAUGAACAACCGCCGCCUAUACCACAGUCACAGCCUGAGCCACCCGUGCUGAACUUGAGAGAAGCCCUGCCGAGACAGAAUGUCUCACUUUUCAGCAGCCUGCCGCCGGCUAUUUUGCCAGUGAGAUGGGGCGGGCCUUUAGCCAGCGACCCGAGAGCGCAGGAGGCCCUUGCGUAUCUAGUGCAAGCUCUCGGAGCCAAUCCUUUUCCGCAGCAUUGA